AUGGCGACCGCCGCGGAGCAGUGGGUUCUGGUGGAGAUGGUCCAGGCGCUCUACGAGGCUCCUGCUUACCACCUUAUUUUGGAAGGCAUUCUAAUUCUCUGGAUAAUCCGACUUCUGUUCUCUAAAACGUACAAAUUACAAGAACGAUCUGAUCUUACAGUCAAGGAAAAGGAAGAACUGAUUGAAGAGUGGCAGCCGGAACCUCUUGUUCCUCCCAUCUCGAAAGACCAUCCUGCUCUCAACUACAACGUUGUUUCAGGCCCCCCCAGCCACAACAUUGUGGUGAAUGGAAAGAAAUGUGUCAACUUUGCCUCCUUUAAUUUCCUGGGAUUGCUGGAUAACGCUCGGGUCAAGGCGGCGGCUUUGGCGUCUCUGAAGAAGUACGGCGUGGGCACUUGCGGACCUAGAGGAUUCUACGGCACGUUCGAUGUGCACUUGGAUUUGGAGGACCGCCUGGCAAAGUUCAUGAAGACGGAAGAAGCCAUCAUCUACUCCUGCGGGUUUGCCACCAUCGCCAGUGCGAUCCCCGCUUACUCCAAGAGAGGCGACAUCGUGUUUGUAGACAGAGCCGCCUGCUUUGCCAUUCAGAAAGGGUUGCAGGCCUCCCGGAGCGCCAUCAAGGUGUUUCAGCACAACGACAUGGCCGACCUGGAGCGCCUGCUGCAGGAACAGGAGGCGGAAGACCAAAAGAAUCCUCGCAAGGCUCGGGUCACCCGACGUUUCAUCGUUGUGGAAGGGCUGUAUAUGAACACGGGGACUAUCUGUCCUCUCCCGGAGCUGGUAAGCCAGCGCGCUCCCGAGCGUGGCAGUACUGGGCCGGGGCGGUUUGUUUCCGUGCACGUCUGUCGGACGCCUGCGCUGUUGCAUGACGGGCGCUCACUACCGGGAAGCAGAUGAGCCUUACGUGCCCACCCUGGUCUCUGAGCGAUAAUGAAGACUCAGCUUUGUAAAGCCUCCUGUAUUGAGGUGUAAUUGACUUGCAGGUGUACAGUUCUUUUGUUUAAAGGCUUUUAUUUACUUUAUUUGAGAACAAAAGAAAGCACAAGC